UGAGUUGAGCUCAAUGCGAGUGCGCGACGCGGAAGAGAAGAUGCGCUCUGAACUCUCCUUCUACGCUCUUCCCAGCAACAGCCUUUAAGGAUUAUUCUGUCUGUCCUAAUAUUACUUGUUUGGCAUCUUGGGAGCUACUUUUGUUCCGUCUACAGAUGCGUGUCCAGAUCACUCGGAGAGAAGUGGGACAUGAUCACACCGCUUCCGGAGUCUGCUGUGUUUAGUGUGGUUGAUCUCAAGAAGCGACACCGGGAACCGUUCCUGCACUCGCCGCCUCCCGUUAAAGCGUUGAAAAUGCUGAGCGCUCGGACCGGACACAUCCUGCACCCGGACUAUCUGCAGCCGUUACCGUCCGCUCCCGUCAGCCCCAUAGAGUUGGAUGCCAAGAAGAGUCCCCUCGCCCUCCUCGCACAAACAUGCUCCCAAAUCGGGAAGUCGGAUCCGCCGUCCUCCGCCAAACUCUCGGCGGUCGCCUCGGACAAAGACUGCAAAUCCAGCUCGCUGAAGAUCAGCGACAUCGGGGCCGAGGACAAAUCUAGUUUCAAGCCAUACGGCAAAUCGUCAGAGAGAAAAGACACAGAUAAAUCGGGUUUCCGUGUCCCGAGCGCCUCCUGCCGGCCGGUCACGCCUCGGAGCCCGAGCUCCUGCAGCUCCGUCUCCCCUCAACCCGGAUCGGGGAAGAAGGAACGCGACGCGGCUAAAACCCCAGAUGCAUCUGGAAUGAGAACCGAGAGCGAGACGAGCAAACAGGAUGCUUCCAAACCAUCCGACAGCAUCCCGGCGUCUUCAGUGUCAUCCGCACUCGGGUCCGGACUCGUCGCGCCGGUUUCCCCUUACAGACCGGGUCACGCCGUAUUCACACCUUACCCCGGAGCCCUCAAUGCAGCGUAUCCCGCUUACCCUCAACCCUUCCUAUCCCACGGCAUGACUCUGGAUCCGAGCAAACCCGGCGGCGGUCAGCUGAUUAAUGCUCAGCUGUCCGGUGCUCUCAGCAGCAAGGCGGGGUCCAGUCCCCUCGCCGGAGCCUCUCCUCCAUCCAUCAUGUCCAGCAGUCUGUGCAGAGACCCGUUCUGCUUGAGCUACCACUGCGCUAGCCAUCUAUCAUCCAGCGGCUCUCACGACAGCGCCGCCGCGGCCUUAAAAUCCGGAUACCCACUUAUGUACCCCAGCCACUCCCUGCACCCGUUAUCCCCCUCUGCACCCUCGUUCCCGGGACACCCGUUAUACCCGUAUGGCUUUGUGCUUCCCAACGAUUCCCAGACGCACAUUUGCAACUGGGUUUCCGCGAACGGUCCGUGCGACAAGCGCUUCUCGUCUUCGGAGGAGCUUCUGAGCCAUUUGCGGACUCACACUGCGUUCGCUGAGAAACUGGUUAUGGGAUAUCCCAACUCUUUAACCAUGGCUUGUCAUGUGCCAGGAGCCCCGCUGGCGCUCAGGACCCCUCAUCUCGGGCUCGGCUCACGUUAUCAUCCGUACUCCAAAAGCCCGUUACCGACGAGUGGCGCGCCGAUUCCGGUUUCCGCCGCCACCGGCCAGUUUUACUCUCCAUACGCUCUUUAUGGACAGAGACUGACCACUGUGUCUGGGCUCGGAUAUCAGUGAGAAACUGAUUUUUACAAAUCAUGAUUUUUAUGUUUUUGUUCGCCUCAGGACCUACUAGUGGACCAUUAUUUAUUAAAGUUUGCUUUAAAGCGAAUUAAAUAAAACAAGAGUCACAUGGCUUUAUUUAAACUGUUACUAACAUAAUUCUCUCAUAAGAAACAAGCCACACUGUGUAAUGCCAAAAUUAUAGCCAAAAUUUGCAUGUUUAUUUCUAAAUUUACUUGAAUUCUAUUUUAAAGUUUGUGGGGGAGAAAUGUUUUUACUGUUCAACUCAGGGAAAAACGACAUCAAUUAAAGAAUAACUCGAUUCAG